ACCGAAAGGUUUGCCGCACUGCCAUACCAGGGAACUAUGAGAAUGAGAACUCGUUGCACCGAGAGUCCAUAUGAUCAACGAGUUGCCUCUGACUAAAUCAGGGCAGUUGAAUCUCGAAACGCAGAUUUCUCCGGCCGUGCUCGACACUGCAGCACUUUCAGCUCUCUUUUGCCUCCUCGAAGAAAAAGACUCGGCUGGAAAAAUGGAGCUCUGCUGGGACUUUCCUCUGCUAUCUCUCUUGACCCUCCUGCUGCUACUGUGAAUUUGUAAACGCUUGUGCUGACCUCGACCCUUAUAGACAAAAAAGAGGACAAGAUGGAGCAGAGCAAAUCUGUCACUAGCAAUGCGGUUGUCUACUUUGCCGUUAGUUUCAAGCAAUUGUGUGUGGUCACCGUGUCUCUUCCGAUUUUUGGACUCUUCGUCUGUUUUGUCACUGCUUAUAUUUUCCAACAGGAUCAAAUUCACGAAACACACUGCAAAGUGUACAAUGUAAUACCUUCCAUCAGUGCCAUAACAGGAAUCAGUCCCCAGCGGUACCUGUGGCGAAUUUGCGUUGCCCUGCAUAUCGGGCCCAGAAUUGUGAUCGCCCUAGUGUACAACACAUACUAUUUGUCGCGCUUGCCGAACAUCCCUGUCGAGCACCAGGCCAAGUACAAGCGCCUCCUCAGUAUCUGCUACUGGCUCAAUGUUAUAGAGAUAGCUUCCUUGCUUGGCGUCACUUAUGUGUCCAACAGGGAAAAUUAUCCUCUCCAUGAGAAGAUGUUCAUAUGUUUCAUGAUAUGCUCGUUGAGCCACAUGCUGGUCGUCCUGAGGACAUUCAACAUUCUCAAACCGCAGUUGACCGAAAACGAGAAGCAAUCCUACGACUUAAAACGCUUCCUUUUUGCGGCAUCACUUGUCAGCACCUUAGGACUUUUAAUUUUUUUUGUGAAGCACCGCUUCAUGUGUCAUGUCAUGGCAUUCAGCUGGUUCUCUUUUUGCGAGUACAUAAUUGCUUGUGCCAACAUGGCUUUCCACUUCACUGUUGUCCUUGACUUCCCUACUGAAGAAAUGAUGGUGGUCAACGGUCUGCCAGGCAGAUUACCACACUGUGAACUUAGGGCAGAUUCGUCGUGUAGCAAGAAGAUUGCGUAAGGUGUAAGUUGCCUGCAAACAGCUUCAUUAUUGACCUUAAAUUGCUCUUUCAAUAAUUUUGAUUCUGUUAAACGUCUAGUCGAUUACGAAUUUCUAAUCCUUUUGAGUAGUUCGCAAGAAAAAAAGGAGCCCUGAUAUAGAUAGCUGUGUUUUAGUCAAUCAACACAUAAUUAUUAAUUACAUUAAUUGCAAUAAAUUUAAUUUUUGCGUUUUACUACGCAGAAAAAAAUGUAUGAAAUUGUACAUUUGUAAAGAGCAGCUGAUAAAAUGAAAAAAAUGUUUCUGUUAUGUUUGGAAAAAGAUAUAAAAUUUGCUUAGCUGAGAUUAUAUCACAUUCGUACUUUUGCAGCGUAAUGUGCAUGCUGAUUGCCUGCGAAUACCUAAAUUGUAAAUUUCCGCAUUCAAUGUGGAAACUCUACGCAAUGCAGCUUUACUUUUAAUAUUAAAAAAAUACUCAUAGUCUUUCUCGAAAUUGAUCGACGUAGCUACCACUAGCAAAACCUUGACGAAUAGUCUUUGAACUAAUAACAGAACAAUUUAUCUCUCUCUUCCUGGCUGGAGAAUCCAGGGAGGGAUUUAUUUAAUAAUUAGGAAGUGCACGAAAUUUUAUAUUCCUCUUUUUAUUGUACAACGCGGAGCAGUGCUUUGUGUCAAUUUAAGAAAGAGGCUCUCGGCUUACCCUGAGGAUCUUGAUUUGCAUUUAGGACCUUGUAUGUGUAGCAGUUAUUGUUCAUCUCUUUAACACCUAUUAUUACCAGUAGUUGGUGUCAUUUUGAUCAAAGAGCUGCAUUCAAAUUCCUAUCGGCUCCAAACUUAUUUAAAUUCAGUACAACUCUUUUUGAAGAAGGAAUAAGGGACUAAUGUGAGCCGCCCUCUGCUCUACAACAUGAUUGCUAUGUUUAGUCAAAUAUGUAUGAUCUCCAUUGGCAAAACAUAUCUUACCAAAAAAUAUAAUAAUUGUUCUAACACACUACUAUUUUCGCCAUCGAGAGCGAGUUGUGAAAGUGUUGCUUUUUUGGCACAUACCAAACGUCUUUAUUUAUUGCCGUCUAAUUAAAUUUAAAAUCAACCGUCAAUGUGCUUUAAAUUCCUAUGUUUCUGCACCGGUGGAACUUUUAUGUUUUUACUUACUGGUCCAUCAUCGGCAACACUACUCAUGGGUGCUCAAUACGCAAUGUAAAAUAAUAUGAAUAAGAUCCUGAGACACUUUGUGUAUACCAGGCAAAGCGAUUUGGAUUAUGUACUGAAACGCAAUAUUAUUUCGAUUGAUAUUGACGGACAUUGUUUUGAAGCCAACUUUUUACGCAGUUCUGUCCAAUUAAAUGUGUAAGUGAGGAUUCAUCGAGACACUCACAAUCAGUCAUUGCUGAAAAGAAUUCGAUUUUGAAUUCUAACUUGACACCGAGCAAGGAACUGACAAUACAUGUGUGUAACAUAAUUUUUGCCUGUUUAAGAAUUGAUUACUAAUUUUUACAAGCACACCCCGUUAGCAUAUAUUUUUGCAACAAGAACAACUACUCAACUCUCUAAUUGUAUGCCCGUGUAUUGCUGCUACAACUAUCAUGUCACACAAGAAUUAGAUGAUUCUUAGUGUUACGAAAUCUCCUUUGUUUUUUAGUCAUUUUCUCCUGUUUGUUCACAAUAACUUGCAGCUUUUUCAUUUUGUUGUGAUUCAUUUAAUUUUGAAAUAAAUAUUACUAUUUCCGAUCACGCCAAAAAUUUA